UACCUCAAGCCAUAUCUUUCGAGACUGAUUGAAAGACGAAAAAUUUGCUUAUUCUCGAAGGUUUUUUAGCUUCAGCUUCUAAAACGUAUAUGGAAGAAAUGGCUCGUCCUUUCUCUAGUGCCAACCUUAUCUCGUCGUUCCUUGUUGAUCAACUCGUUGGUGUUGCAACUUUGCAAGGUACUUGUAUAUAUAUUGUGACUUACUUGCGACAAGUGGUACUUGAACCACAACCUAUCUAUAUGGGAAGUGGUGUCGCAAUGAUGAAGAAAGCAAGUGAGGAAUCUAAGAAAUCGACUCCAUGGGUUCCAGAUCCUGUCACAGGCUACCGUAAACCCGAGGGCCAAACUAACCAGAUUGAUGGAGCUGAUCAGCUACGUGAACUAAUUUUGAAACAGAAAACCCGUCGAAGCUAAAUCAUUUGGAAUUUAUUUUUUUAUAUAUAAAAACAAAAGGAGAACAUGGAGUAGAACAAUACCAAGGCCAUCAGUCACGACACAUAGAGUGAUCAUAAAGGGAAAAAGUUAUACGAUGUUUUGUUGCUUUGUUAGUUUUUGUGUAUCAUUGCAUGUUACUAUCUAUGAAUGAUCAUUGUAUUAUUACAACGCUUAGGUUAUUGAUAUAACGAUAUUUUUAAUUAUGGUUA